AUGGAUGCUGAAUUCAAUGGAACAUAUAUAACUCUUGGUGGCUAUGUAGAAUUGGACAAAUACAGAUAUCUUUACUUUAUCAGCUUGUUGAUGCUCUAUAUUCUCAUUCUCUGCGCUAAUUGCACCAUUAUAUGUCUAAUCUGGAUUCACAGGAACCUUCAUGAGCCUAUGUACAUUUUCAUUGCAGCUUUGUCAUUCAACUCUGUUUUGUUUAGCACUGCCAUCUACCCCAAAAUCUUCACUGACAUCUUAUCUCAGAAGCAGACCAUUUCUUAUUCCGCUUGUAUGUUUCAAAAUUUUACAUUUUAUUCUUUAGGUGGUUCAGAUUUUUUUCUGCUGGCAGUCAUGGCUUAUGACAGGUAUGUGUCUAUCUGCAGACCACUGCAAUAUUCAACUAUCAUGGGAAAUAUAACUGUCACUGUCCUCUUGACUGUGGCCUGGUUUCUACCUGCAAGCCAGUUAGCAGUGGGAAUUGUAUUUAGUUCAAAACAAAAACUCUGUGACUUUACAAUAGGAGGAAUUUUUUGUAACAAUAAAAUGUUUAAGCUUCACUGUGUAAAAUCAACAUUUCUUAUUGUUUAUGGUUUCGUUGUCUUGCUAAAUGCUGUUGUUGUUCCUGUGAUUUUCAUCCUUUUCACCUACAUAAAGAUAUUUAUAAUAACUUAUCACAGUUGUGCAGAAGUCAGGAAAAAAGCAGCAGAGACAUGUUUACCUCACCUGAUGGUUUUAAUGUGCUUCUUUUGUUUGUGUAUAUUUGAUUUCAUCACAGGUCGAAUUGAGUCAGACAUGCCAAAAAGUGUACAUUUAAUAAUGGCUUUAGAAGUAGUUGUGUCUAAUCCUCUGUUCAAUCCAAUCAUAUAUGGAGUGAAAAUGAAAGAAAUCUCGAAACACAUCAAGAAACUGUUGUGUCAGGUCAAACAUAUGAAAUAA